AUGUCAGCAGAUGCUCACUGGUGGACCGCAGAGGAGAGGAACCGAGUUAUGCUUGACCUGAAAGCAGCGGGAUGGUUGGAAUUAAGUGAGACAGAUGCCAUCUACAAAGAGUUCUCUUUCAAAAAUUUUAAUCAGGCAUUUGGCUUUAUGUCCCGAGUUGCCCUGCAAGCAGAGAAGAUGAAUCAUCACCUGGAGUGGUUCAAUGGGUACAGCAAGGUCCAGAUGACUCUAACAUCGCAUGACUGUGGAGUGCUGACCAAAAGAAUGUGA